UUCUUGCUUUUGUUGGAAGAUGGAGAGCGGCAUCUCCUGCUUGCCCGCAUCUGACUAAACUGAAUUAUUCAUUUUCCGCGUCAGUUAGUCGCCGUUCUCAUUUUUCUGAAUAUCACAGUGUGGUGUUUUUUUCCCUCUCCUUUUAUUUUCCUUGGAGUAGAGAGGCUCAGCCUCAGAUGUCACACUGACAGCCCUGUAAAAUGCAUGAUUCGAAAAGAGACGCUUAGCAAGCAAUUUCAGAUUUUGGAGGUGAGUAAACCCGCGCAGGAUUGUUUAGGUUUAUCGGGUUCUGCUGCUUCAUUUUUUCUGCCUGAACGGCUCAGUCCAACUUCAGCGAGCCAUAUACAUAGGCUAAGCAUCUCUAUGGACUGGGUGUUCCAGCAGCACCAUUCGUUUCAUUUUCCUCUAUCGUGAACUGGAGAGAAGUUGUUUUGCAGUCACUUCAGCUGCUCGCCUUUUGUCCCUGCUUUCUUAAUAACGCUGAGGUGGGCACCGUGUCUUUAGCUCAUUCCGAACUGAAAUGCUUCAUGGAGAUACAACAACAUUGGGAACACUACGAGAGAAAUAUAUUUUUUAACAAGUGGAGCCUGUCAAGAAGAGACGCAUAGGCUGAAAUCUGAGCGAUAGCCUACCAACGUCUGAAUGGGAGCACCACGUCUCAAUGCACUGCCAAUGUCCGUUUCUCAAGAAACCACAUUUGCAAACGCUUACGGUUACUAAAUGGUUUUCUGGGGGAUUUAUAAAAGGCAAAAUGCUGCUUCUAGUUCUGUUGGCCUUUUUCGUGUCGAGUACGUUUUCUGACUUGGAUUCUGACCUCUCAGCGGAGACCUGCAGCGCCUGUUCAUGCAUGUCCAUCGAGAACGUCCUAUAUGUGAACUGUGAGAAAAUAACUGUGUACAGACCUACCCAGCUGCUGCCCCCGGUCUCUAGCCUCUAUCAUUUGAAUUUCCAAAAUAACCUAUUGAUCGUCCUUUACCCCAAUUCCUUUCUCAAUUUCACACACGCAGUCUCUCUUCAACUGGGAAACAACAAACUACAGAACAUCGAGGGAGGGGCCUUUUAUGGCCUUAGUUCAUUGAAACAGCUGCAUUUAAAUAACAAUGAAUUGAAGGUGCUCAGAGCUGACACUUUCUAUGGGAUCGAAAACUUGGAAUACCUCCAGGCUGACUACAAUUUGAUCAAGUAUAUUGAAAAAGGAUCCUUCAACAAAUUGCAUAGGUUGAAAGUUCUCAUUCUGAAUGACAAUCUAGUCCAGAUCCUUCCUGAUAACAUUUUUCGCUUUGCCUCCCUUACACAUUUGGAUAUAAGAGGAAACAGGAUCCAGAAGCUACCAUAUCUGGGAGUUUUGGAACACAUUGGACGUAUCGUGGAAUUGCAGCUCGAUGACAACCCAUGGAAUUGCACAUGUGAUUUGUUACCCUUGAAAGCUUGGUUGGAGAACAUGCCCUAUAACAUUUUUAUUGGGGAGGCUAUAUGUGAAACCCCUAGUGACCUGUAUGGACGACUGUUGAAAGAAACAAACAAACAGGAACUGUGUCCCAUGGGAACAGGUAGUGACUUUGAUGUAAGGAUGCCCCCUUCACAGCCAGAAAAUGGCCGAACAACAUCCGACAAGGCCCCCACUACGAUACCGCCCAUAGCCACCAAAGCUCCCAAAACAACAAACCCAUCAAAGAUUUAUGGUAACGGGAUUGUUGGUUUGCCCGGUUUGAAUAAAAAUAUUCCAAUUAUGUCCUAUCAAACAAGAACCCCACCUCUCUCCUGCCCACAGCCUUGCACCUGCAAAGCUCACCCCUCAGACUUUGGCAUCAGUGUGAGUUGCCAAGAGAGAAGUAUAAACAAUCUCGCAGAUAUCAUUCCCAAGCCACCAAAUGCCAAGAAGCUCCACCUGAGUGGAAAUUAUAUCAGAGAUAUCAGCCCAGUUGAUUUCCAAGGCUUUGAGGGUUUAGAUUUAUUACAUUUGGGCAGCAAUCAAAUAGUCACAGUUCAAAAAGGUGUCUUUGCCAAUCUGACCAACCUGCGGAGGCUUUAUCUCAAUGGGAACCAACUAGAGCAGCUGCAUCCUGAGAUGUUCCUUGGGCUCAGUAACCUCCAAUACUUGUAUCUAGAAUACAAUGCCAUACAAGAGGUGUUAGCAGGGACAUUUGACUCCAUGCCAAAUCUGCAGUUGUUGUAUCUGAACAAUAAUGUGCUAAGGAGCCUCCCUGCCUAUAUCUUUGCUGGCGUUUCCCUGGCUAGGCUAAAUCUUAAGAACAACCAUUUCAUGACUCUGCCUGUGAGUGGUGUCCUAGACCAGCUGAGGUCUCUCACUCAGAUUGAUCUGGAAGGCAAUCCCUGGGAAUGCUCCUGUGAUUUAGUGGCUCUGAAACUGUGGCUGGAGAAGCUGAAUGACGGAGUGGCUGCGAAAGAGGUCAAAUGUGCAUCCCCAGUUCAGUUUUCCAAUAUAGAGCUACGGCUGCUGAAGAAUGAGAUCCUGUGCCCCAAACUUAUAGCUAGGCCCCCUUUCAUCCUGACCAGUACUUCUCCGGUGGUGACCUCCAUGUCCCCAGCAGGGGUGGGCAAGGCCCCUCCAGGUGGUCCAGUUCCCCUAUCCAUCAUGAUCCUCAGUGUCCUGGUGGUGCUCAUCAUCACAGUGUUUGUUGCUUUCUGCCUCUUGGUGUUCGUGCUGAGGCGCAAUAAGAAGCCAGCCGGACGCCAGGAGGGCAUGGGGAACCAGGAGUGUGGCUCCAUGCAACUCACACUCAGGAGACACAACAAAUCGAACAAGAAAGAUGAUCUGGGAGGGGAGACGUUCAUCCCCCACACUAUCCAGCAUAUGAACAAGAGUCACACCUGUGGGAUUAGAGACUCUGAGUCAGGCUUUAAGUUUGCUGACUCCCAGAGACAGAAAAUAAUCCUGCUCAACAGCGCUGACCAAGACAAGGACUCACUGUCCUCCCUGGAUCCACGCAAUAAGAGACUGAGCACCAUUGACGAGCUGGAUGAGUUCCUGCCAAGAGAAUCCAACAUGUUUAUUCAAAACUUUUUAGACAGUAAAAGGGGGGAUUUCAGCAGUAUAGGGGGGAGUGGGUUUCAGAUUCGUUACCCAGAGAAACCACAGGACAAAAAGAUGAAGAAGUCACUAAUAGGGGGAAACCAUAGUAAGAUAGUAGUGGAGCAAAGGAAAAGUGAGUACUAUGAACUUAAAACUAAACUUCAAGGUACACCUGACUACCUUCAGGUUCUGGAAGAACAGACUCAAAUGAGUCAAAUGUAGGCUAUCUAUC